AUGGAUCUCUCGAGACUUGCACGGCCGGCUAUACUCUGUCAGUGCGCUCGAUGCUCCAGCUCUUUAGCUGCACUGGAGAAUGAGUGGGCAAAGCUGUCAAAUUCAUAUGCGAUAGCUGCUGGGUGGUUGAGUGUUGAGCUCCAUCGGAUCUCGAUUUCCUCGGAGAAAAAGCAGAUCCCCCAGUCCUCUGAUUUGAGCUUGAUUCGUGGUCGCAUAAUCCAGGAGAUUGCCUGUAGGCUCUGUCAGCAGAAGUUAGGAGUUUUAUGCGCACUAGACAGUGGCCCGAAUAUCUUUUGGAAAAUGUCAAAGGUUUCCUUCAGGGGGAUCGUCACUAUGCGAACUGUGGAACCUUCUUUCAAGGACGGAUUGAUUGAAAGCCUUAUUUUCCCUACCGCUAAGGAGCCCAGCGUAAGACCAGACGGAACACCUAUCCAGCCCGGAGCAUUAGUCCGAACUAGCUCUCAUGAGAUCAAUAACUCUAAUCCCUCUGUGGAACAACAAAUACAACACCAUGGACUCAGCCUCGAUCAUAUCUCCAGCUCCGUGAGCAAUCUCCAUGACACCAUGUUCGAGCUAAAGCAGGCGUUCACCACCCUCCGCAUCGAGCUCAACAACCCGAAUCGCAUUCCGAAUGAGAUUGGGAAUAUGACUGGUGGAGAAUUCAAUAUGCUGACAACUGUGCUAAAGGAGCUGAAACUAAAAUCAGAUGAGAUGGAAAAACUGAAAUUGGAGAUCGAGGCGCUGAAGUUGCGUAAUCGGGUUAUGGAGGAACAGGCUGCGAAGCAAACUCUCCUUCCACCCAUGCAUCCAGAAGCCUUGCCAGAAGUUCGAACUCCAGGGCUACUUCAAGGAAGCAGGAAACGCCCUUUCCCCGACUAUUUUCAGAGUGGCCGUAAUGAACCCAUUGCGGAUUCUUUCGAUGACGACGAUGAAGACAGCAUGGCGGACCUUUCCUUGGAAGAUGCAAUUGUACCCCCUAUUAAGGUUCCUCUGAGGGACUCUAUUGACGACUCCGCCCACGAGUUGACGUCAUCAAAAUCGUCCAGGCCCCAAAAUGAGGUCGGACAGCCAGCACUCAAUAGUUCCCUGGGCGACUAUCGUGAGACCAACAUGAAUAUCCAUCGUCGAACUAUUACAAAACGUCGCCGCCUUUCACAUUCGGCAGAUAGGCCCCCUUCCAGCGGAAAUUCAGACUUUGAAAAGAAGAGGCCUGGCCGUCCACGCAAGUCCACGAGCAAUGCCAUAAACCCAGAUCUUUCCCAGACUCCUAAGCCAAAACCUCUUAGUGUGCAAAAUGGAAAUUCUGGAAGCAACUCGCAACCCCCAUCGGCAAACACAACCCCUACUGAAACUCGCAAUUCGAGGGAAGCCAGGCCCACGCACUCUCGCACAUUACGAAGUCGAUCCAAACCACCAUCUCUUAACUCAAGGAUUAAAACGGGAGCAGCGGAUACAGAUAAUGAUAUGCCGGUACAGGAUGAAACACAGUUCGCAGGAUCGAAUAGACAGGAUCAUCCAAGCCGUCCCAACACAGUGCUAGACUCGACCGAAAAUACCGACUCUGGGAAAGAAAACCCGCCGUUGGCUAUGAACAGUGGGAAUAAAAGUGAUGUGGAUGAGAAGCGUAAGGCACAAACUGCUGCAAGGGAUAUCAUGGCGAAACUCGCCAUGCAGCGGGAAGAGGCAAUGGACACGGAAGAGUCUCGAUAA